CCUCUUUGGCCGGCGUUCAAGCCUCCGCUGCCAAUCGUUGACCUGUCUCCUCAACCACAUCCAUUGACAUCCAAGGUUAUCCUCAUUCCCUCCUUCUUCCCGCGUUCCCUCUGUCGCGACUAUGUGGCCUUUCUCAAGACCCUCCCCCUUCAGACCACGCCAGGUCGUCCAAAACGGGGCGAGGCAGUCCGAGUCAAUGACCGUUUUCAAGUUGACAGCCCAGACUUUGCUCGUCGUCUGUGGGAGGAGACGGGGCUCAAGGACGUGAUAUUAGACGAUUACGAACUGUUGAUAACCUUUGUUUACAGGGGCGGUGAGCCUGUCGGCUUGUCUCCCAAUAUUCGGGUGUACCGCUACUCGAAGGGACAGUUCUUUGACUGCCAUUAUGAUGAUUCCAACAACCUGAUUCUGGACGCGGUUCCCCCCCUUCCAGUUCGGACCACCUGGACGUUGCUCUUGUACUUGACUUCUCCCUCUGAGGGCUGCAUUGGUGGAGAGACGGUGUUUUACACAAACGACCGCAAGCUGGCGCGUGAGGAGAUAGCUGUCCCUCUCGAGACGGGCAUGCUCCUCUUGCAUAAGCACGGAGAUGAUUGUCUCCUCGUA